GGUUAUUUUUACUUUGCUUCAUCAGUGUUGUCACUUUUCUUGUCAUCCUGUCAGUCACUUUGUUUCUGAAAUUCAUUUAUAUUUAUGCCGACAAAAUACAAAGGCUAGGAUUGUAAUUAUUGUUGUGAUUUGUGAUGUUUUAAUUCUUCAAAAAAUAAUAUGGCAGCUGAAAUCAAACCUGCAGUGAGUAAUUCUGGAGAAAGGUUCAACUCAACAAAAAAGCCAGUUCUUUUAUCUAAGCUAGAAGGAUGCAAUGAUGAUAUAAAUCAAGCUAUUAUUAUUCCUGGCAUUGAUGGUGUGAUAAGUGUAUCAGAUGAUAGAACUGUACGAGUGUGGCUGAAGCGGGACUCAGGCCAGUACUGGCCAAGCAUCUGUCACUGCAGCACCUCUGCCCCCACCGCCCUCGACUACUGUGCUGAAACAAGGCAGUUGUUCAUUGGUCGCGAAAAUGGAAUAAUAUCGGAGUUCCGGUUGGAAGAAGACUUCAACCGUAUGAAUCUGGUGAGGGACAUAAUUGCACACCAAGGCCGAGUUACCGCUAUACACUUCUCGUUGACAUUGGACUGGCUGCUCAGCAUAGGCCGUGACAAAAUCUUCUAUCUGCACUGCACGGAGACCGGUCGAGCCAUUUCCAACUUCACAAACGCCAAUGCUUGGCUCACUGCACUUGUAUUCGACUCGAGGUCGAAGUUUGCAUUCGUGGGCGACUACUCGGGCGUCAUCACGAUGCUGAAGCUGGACGCGAGCGGCGCGAAGGUGUCGACCACCUUGAAGGGCCACACUGGCAGCAUCCGCGCCCUCGCCUGGGACCCCGCCCAUCAGCGCCUCUUCUCCGGCAGCUUCGACCAGUCGGUCAUCGUCUGGGACAUUGGCGGGCGGCAGGGCACCGCCUACGAGCUGCAGGGCCAUCAGAGUAAAGUUACCUCGCUGGGCUACAUUUUCCAUAAGAACUUGCUGAUUUCUGGUGGAGAAGAUUCCGUUCUUGUAUUUUGGGAUAUGAAUGCUCAACGUAAAGAGACACCAGAUUGGGUGGAGAGCAACACUUGCCAGCUGUGCGGCCGGCCGUUCUUCUGGAAUGUGCGCGCCAUGAUGGACCAGCGCCAGAUCGGCCUGCGUCAGCAUCACUGUCGCGCGUGCGGCCGCGCCAUCUGCGACCGGUGCAGUGUGCGGCGCGACACCAUUCCGCAGCUCGGCUUCGAGUUCCCGGUGCGCGUCUGCGACCCCUGCCACGUCCAGCUCAAGGAUGUCGAUCGUCCUUCGCUGGCUACAUUCCACGAUGCCAAACAUUGUAUUGUGUACAUGGAUUUGGAUGAACAACGGAAACGACUGCUUACUGUUGGUCAAGAUCGGCUCAUCAAAGUCUGGGAUAUCUCCGCCUUAUUGUAGUAGUAGUGAUUGAUCCCGACUGCAGAUUUGGCUGUGCAUCUCCAAUUCCGACUGUCACUGUCUGAAUUCACUCGCUCUUCCAAGUAUGUCCGAUUCAGAUAAGUUGAAAGGAUACUUAACAUUUACUGGUGGCUUAUCCAUUUUAACAUUGUGCAAUCAUUGUAAAUUUAACUUGAAUGUAGCACGUGAGAAAUAUUGUUUAUAUAUUUCUACCAUUGAGAAAUAUCUGCAUAUGAAUACACAUCCCCUAGAAAUAUUAUAAGAAUCAUAUAUAUAUUAUGUAUUAAUCAUUGAAUCUGAUUGAAAUAUUGUGUAUCUAUCUUAUGGUAAAUUAGAGACUGUGCCAUCGUGAGCAUGAACUGUUCAUGCAAAUUUCAAUUUAAAAGCGUAGUCUCAUUAGCUGAACCAGCUUGUAUCACCAAUAUUAGCAGUAUCCAAAUUAGGGUAUUGCGUUAGCUUCAUUUAUAUUGUUUGUGAUAUAAUAUAAUCGUAGGUGUUUAAUUGAAUGUUUUUAGCUUCCUACACUGUAUGUUCCCCGCAAACUCUGUAAUCGAAUGAGUUAUUACGAUCCUUGAGCCUGCAACCAACAACACCGAUUUCCAUGAAACCGAAUGCUCGCCAUCUUGUGCUACUAUUAGGGACCACUAAGCAUUAAUGAAUAUUAUUAUAAUUACAAUUUCAAACCUUUUAGUGGGUAUGUCCAAACAGAAGUAGUUUUUCAAAGUACACCUUGACAUCACAAUUUAGCAACCAUCACUGUUGAAUUGAUAAAAUGUUUCUUGAAAUUCAUUGAUUAUUAUAAAUGGUUAGUGAUUUAUACAAAGUGGCAUUGAUCAUUUUGUAUGUUUUGAUGAAUGAAAUCGGUUAGUGGAUUGUAAUUAUAUUCGGGAUCAUGUCUUUGAUUCACUGAAUGUGAUUGAAUAAUGAAUGUUCUCAUUCAUAUUGAUUACCUACUUGCAUCGAACUCGGCAACAAAUUGCAACUACCAGACUACAUUAUACAACUUCCUACUGCCUAAACUCGAUAAAUCAAUGCGUUUGACGUAAGAAACUACCCAACCUGUAUCCACUGCAGGAAAAAUUGUUCAAUGUUUAGAAUUGGUUUGAAUUAUAUUUUCGAAAUUAUUACUAUCUGCCACUAAAUAAAAUGAUCUCAUCAAUUGUGCAUCCUUGAAAUCUUUCAGGAUUACUAUUAAUCAAAUUGAGCUUGUUCAAAUCCAUCUAAACACUAAUAGUUUUGUUAUAUUUUUAUAAUUUCUGCCAUUUUUAAGAAAAAUGUGCAGAUGUUGUCUAGGCAAGUUCUAUGAUCCUUCUAAGCGAUCAAUAUCCAAUAUGAGAUGAUGAUUUGAGUAAAUUAUUAAGAAAGUAAUUUUCUCACAUUACUGUCCUAGGCUGUAUUGGAGUUGAUGGUGAUUAUGAUGAUAUUGUAAAUGUUAAGCUACAUAUUAUAGACUUUUUAAACUUCUAGAUAUUGUAUCGCAUUGUAUAUUAUGUGCAUAAUGUAAUUAUUUGGAAGAAUUUAAAUAGUCAAAAAUAGAUUAAUCGUGGGUAACCGCUCGCUUCAACUUAUUGUACAGAACAUUAUUUCACGUUUCAACUUCCGUUAUUGCCUCUCUUGUUAGUUAUUGUAAUAAUAGGUACUACUGUUUUCUUGUUAGUAGUUGAAUUUUUCAUUCAAAUUCUAUAAUUUGUUCACCAACUAAAUCCUUUAUUCAAUAAUAUGUUGCAAUUUCAUUCACCAUUAGAUUUUUGAUUAAUUAAUAAUAUAUUAAUAUAUACAUCGUUUGACUGAUACAUCAGAAAAAUAUAUUAAACUUAUGUUAAGCUAUUUUUAAAUCAUAAAUUAUAUAAUUGCUAUUUUUACUAUUGUCUUAUGUUGAUGUUAGAUAGAGAAUAUAUUUGGAUUACAUUAGAAAAA